AUGUUGGCCUUGAUUGUGUGGCUAUCUGCGGUCGCCUUAAGACCGGCUUACGGUUUCUCACCGAGUAGUGCGUGUGUUCACAAUGCGACUUACAUGCCGAGCAGCGUUUACCCGUGCCCAGCGAACGAAACCUGCAUCGAAGUUAACUUUACCAAUUUUACGGAAUACAUGGAGGAAUACCAUGUAGGUCCUUUCACUUUGUUUAACGGCCGCAAAUUUUUACAGGACCAGAACGAACCGUUAUAUUUCGCUUCGUAUCAUUCUAGUAAGUUAACAAUACCGAUCGCUAUGAUUUUAGAAUACGACAACAACACUGGAAGGUUUACUCGCGGGCCUUUUUGCAAAGAGGGAGAAAGGAGGGCGUAAGUGCCACGGCAAGCGUUUAUUUGUCUUCUUCAGAGUGUUGCCUUUUAGAUGGAUGACAAGUCAUCGUAUAUACGGCUCCCAGAACCCUGAGCUCUUCCUUCACCUGAUGAACGAUCAAGUAGAAAUUGUCACAAUGGAAGAGUAGGGACGCAUUUAUCAUCUAAACAUUUGUCAUCUAUAUAAAUACCAUUUUAGCGCGCCUUUAGCAAACGUUUCGAAUGACCUGAAAUAUAGCAUCGCAAGUCUAUUAUCCCCACAAUUGGCGGACACCCAAGUAAAAAGCGCCUUUGUCUUCCAAAAAUACCUUUUCUUAAACGCUACGACUGCGAUAGACACAACCAAGCUAAGCAGCACAUCCAACCUUAAAAAAGGAAUAAAUGACCAAGCCACCCACGAAACAAACAACACUGGCUUGAUUGGACUAGCCGAAAUCCCAUCAGAACGUGUUAACUCCACAACCCUGCAGCAAAUACGAGAGCACUGCUUUGUAGGUUUAUUGCAUCCCUAACGCCAUACGAAACCGUCUAGAAUCCGAACGAAUAUUGCGCUACCGAUAUAAGCAAUGGUGAACUGUACGUUCAUAAUCGACCAAUUGCUUACAAAUUCAAAGACGUCCUUGUGGAAACCUAUUGGUUCCAGUAAGUAAACGUGAGUUCGAAGAUACUGUUUCAGACGCCACUGUGAAGUGCUUCCGAUGUUUCGCAUACGUCAUCGCAAAAUGCCGGGAAAGUGGGUUCCCACCUUCUAAUGUUACACACAAAACUUUUAGCAAGGUAUUUGACUUCCCAGAGGUCCAGGGGUUUAUUACGCAUAAUGACAGUCUGGAUUGGGGCGGUCGCAGAAUGGACCGUCGCAGCAUCAUGCCAAUCAUACGUGGAAAUGAGCCAAUCUUUGAAUUUAUAAGCAAACACACCACAAUGGCCCCACCAUCGGCAUCAACAGCACCUCCACCUUCAGCGGCGCCAAUCCUGGGCGGGAAUGUGCUAAUUGAGGCGGCCAGCUCCGUUAUACAUUCAGCCAACGGCAGCAGUGUCGCCAAAUAUCUUCGUGUCUUGAUUCCGUUUUGGUAA